UGGCCGCUUGGUAUGGCGAAGAUGCGCAAUAGCUUCGGCCAAGCUAUAGCGCAAUCGUUGGCCGUGCUUCGGCCAGCAAGAGGAUAUAUUGAACCGAGGCGCGACCUAGAGAAGCGGUCCAUGAUGGCGGGCGAACGUACGCCGCUCAUCCAGACGGUACCAGUAGCUGAAGAGAGGAAUCGCUAUCCCCAUGCUAGGGUGCGGCGUAUCUGUACCACGGUCAUCAGCUCCGUAAUCCUCCUAGCCGCGCUCGUGUUCCUCGCCAUCGCUGUCACGGGCAACGGAGACAUACUCACUGGCAAGCCUCGAACACAACCCGAGCACUUCGCGACCGCCGAACUUCCGCAUCCAGCGUGGCCUCAGUCGCAUGGCCUUGGCUAUAAAGAGUUGAAGAAGGUGCUGCUUGAAACACCGGACGCAAAGAAGGCAAGAGAAUGGAGCCAAUACUACACUGCGGGGCCACAUCUGGCAGGGAAGAACGAAAGCCAGGCACAGUGGACCAAAGACCUGUGGAAGCAGUUUGGAGUUGAUCAUGCAGAGGUCGUCUCUUACGAUGUCUACAUCAACUACCCGCUGGACCAUAGAUUGGCGCUACUGAAAGACGGCGAGGUCGCAUUCGAGGCUACCCUGGAGGAAGAUGUUCUCGAUGAAGAUCCAACCACAAACCUCACGGACAGAGUGCCGGUCUUCCACGGUUACUCAGCGGAUGGCGACGUGACAGGACAAUUCGUAUUUGCCAAUUACGGCACGUGGGAUGACUAUGAAGAUCUUGUCAAUGCUGGCAUCGAUCUGAAAGGCAAGAUUAUCAUCGCGAAGUACGGCCGCAAUUUCAGAGGCCUCAAGGUAGCUCGUGCUUCACAGCUGGGUGCAAUCGGCGUCGUUAUGUACAGUGACCCUGGUGACGAUGGCGAAAUCACAGAAGAGAAUGGCUACAAGACUUAUCCCGAAGGUCCCGCCAGGAACCCGAGCAGCGUACAGCGAGGCAGUGUCCAAUACCUGUCUUUCGCGCCUGGAGACCCAACUACGAUCGGUUAUCCCUCAAAGCCUGGUGUGCCUCGCCAGUCUGUCGAAGGUCACAUCCCGGACAUUCCAUCGAUCCCAGUUUCGUACAAGGAGGCGCUGCCGAUAUUGAAGGCACUCAAUGGACAUGGACCCAAAGCCUCUUCUUUCUCAAAGUACUGGCAAGGAGGUGGUCUUGGCUACAAAGGUGUCGACUACAACAUUGGUCCCUCACCGGAGUCGCUCACGAUCAACUUGGUCAACAGGCAAGAUUACGUGACGACUCCCCUGUGGAAUGCCAUUGGUGUCAUCAAUGGUACCGUCUCAGAUGAAGUCGUUGUGAUUGGUAACCACCGAGACGCCUGGAUUGCUGGCGGCGCAGGUGAUCCCAACUCUGGCUCUGCUGCUCUAAACGAGGUCAUCCGGUCCUUUGGCAAAGCCCUCGAGGCUGGCUGGAGACCACAUCGAACGAUCGUGUUCGCGUCAUGGGAUGGCGAGGAGUAUGGCUUGAUCGGCUCUACUGAGUGGGUCGAAGAAUAUUUGCCAUGGCUGUCGGCAAGCACUGUUGCAUACAUCAAUGUCGAUGUUGGUGCUCAGGGACCCAACUUUAAGGCCUCCGCGGCGCCUGUGCUCAACAAGGCCAUCUACGAAGUGACGAGUCAAGUGCAGUCGCCAAACCAGACUGUCAAAGGCACGACUGUUCGCGAUACUUGGAAUGGCCAUAUCUCCACUAUGGGCUCCGGUAGCGACUUCACGGCAUUCCAAGACUUUGCAGGCAUCUCUUCCAUUGACAUUGGUUUCGGAAAUGGUCCGAAUGAUGCCGUCUACCACUAUCACAGCAACUACGACAGCUUCUAUUGGAUGGACAAUUAUGGGGAUCCUGGCUUCAAGUAUCAUAUCACGAUCGCGAAGAUCAUCAGCUUGCUCGCAGCGAAGCUUGUUGAAGAGCCAAUCGUGCAGUUCAAUGCUACGGAUUACGCCACUGGAGUGCAAAAGUACCUCGACAGCGUGAAGAAGGUUGCGGAGGAGCAGCAGUGGGACUUGUCGACGGUCAAGGAUGCUUUCAAGCAACUCGACGAAGCUGCGUCAUACUUUCACGACGCAUCCGUCGAGUUCGACGCUUCCGCUACGCGCCUGGAGGAACACUUGAGCGAUGCGACGAUCUCAGACAAGAGAAAGAAGGCCAUCUAUCAAGCGGUCAAGAAGACGAACAAGAAGUACAAGUUCUUGGACCGUCAAUUCUUGCAUGCUGGUGGGUUGGACCAGAGGAGUUGGUUCAAGCAUGUGGUGUUCGCGCCCGGCAGAUGGACUGGGUAUGCAGGGGCUACGUUCCCGGGACUCGUGGAAUCUUUGGAGGAUCACGAUGAGAAGAACUUGCAGAAAUGGGUGGGCAUCAUUGCGGCGCGCAUCUAUGCUGCUGCGGACCUGCUGCUCGAGAAGUAGCAUCAGAUAUGUAGAGACUGUAUCCAUUCGCAAGUCGCUGCGGCUGCGUUGUGACGA